GUUCAACAUCACAUCUAAACCUAUCGCCCUCAAAUUUAUAUGCAGGGUCGCAAGGUUCCUUUUAAACAAAGCUGCUUUGUCGGUGGAACAAUCUUCACCGAGAGGGAGUUUGUUAUCUUUUCUAUUUUUCCAUAGCCGUUGCUCUUCAGUCCGAAGACGAGAAUUCCUUCUCUUUUUCCACGUUGGUUUUGGCAUGCGAUUGCGUGAGAAUGGCUUGAAUAUCACUCGCUACUCGAUGGAUUAAGGAAAAACACACACCACUACAAACACAAGAGAUUGACAGAGAACAACGGCAUCAACACACACAGCAAGUAAACGAAGCAAUCACAUCGCCCUCUCGAGCCCGCCUCUAGAAUCCUGUCCAGAUCAUAACUCCGUUUACCGUUCUCCAUUCUCAGCUGCAUGAACUUCUUCCAAUGGUUCAUCGAUUCAAUCAGCCUUCUUUCUAAACCCCCUCCCCCCUUCAUCCCCCUUCCAAAAGUUAAUCGAAAACUGUCCGGCGAAAUUUCGAUAGCCUCUCAAACAUUUUCUGGCAAACCAGCGAGCUCCCAAUAAGCAAUCGCAAUCACACCACACCUCAAUCCAAUAUUAUAUUGCAGAACAGUGCAUGGAAUAUAUCCGAUAUCAGUUUCACCUCCCACGCCUUACAACUUUCGUCUCGAAGUUGGCCCAGAGUUCCACCUUCUCUCUCAACUCGGAUGUCUAUCACUGUCACUCCCACACUUUUAUUUAAAAAUCACGGGCUGCCAUGUAGUACAGAGAAAUUGAGUAUGAAAUCGAUUUUAUCCUGAUCUUGAGAUUAUUGGACUUAUACACACCUACAAAGGUACACACAUUAAUAUCGCAAACAAGAUAUUAAUCCCACUAUCAAACUUCAACUAUCGCCAACCCCGAACUUAAUACUCGAAGCUACCAUUCACAUUGCGCCCUCGAUAGCACCUCAUUAAUAGUGUACUGUCAGAAAUACUUUAAGCCUGUUUACCCAGGUAAAACUUUAUCCUCCUCAAUUCUAACAACCGGCAAAAUUAUUCGUAAAGAGGCUUUCGUCCGAAAUUCUCAAGUUCAUCAAGAACUUCCUCAAAAAUUCUCCAAUCUGUCAAUUAUAAAUUCCAGCGAAUCUAUGGCAACCAAACAACAACAGUCGUCUCCGACGCCUACGCGGCCGAAGAGCACAAAUGGAAUCAUUAAUGGGAGUAAGGCUGGUAUGGGAGAUGAGAGGAUAGUUGUAAUUGUUUUUGGGCAAGGUCAGGAUAGAAUUGUUCCUGUUUUUGCGGAUGUACUCGGGAAACCACAUAGAAUGGCCACCAGCUUUUCGGCUGUUGGAGACGAAGAUCAUGGAACUGUUAUAGGAAUAGCAGCAAGUGAUGCAAAGGGUGACAUUGAAUCCCGGAAUCGUUCAUUGAUCGUCGCUAUCAACGCUCAUUGUGUGGCUUUGGGAAUGCCACCAGAUUUAAAUCUAUCGGCUUCGACAGAUUAUGAAUUUCUUUACACAGAGACACCAUUUUUCCGAAGAGAUCUUUCACGAUUUAUCGCAUUCAUUUUGGGUCAAAUAAGUCAUCAUGAAGCACUCAUUACGAAACCGAGAACUUAUUUCAUAUCUACCACGUUCCCAGAUGUUCGUACGGCAUUAUCUAAUUUGGAUAUUCUCUCCGUUGGAUCAGAUGCGGUAGAAAUUCGCGUCGAUUUACUAAAGGAAGGUUUAACUGACGGAACUUUCAAUUCUGUACCAAGUUUGAGUUACGUUGGAGAACAAGUUAUGCUGCUGAGACAGCGUACAGAAUUACCCAUAAUUUUUACGACCAGAUGUACGAGAGAGAAUGGUCGAUUUCCCAUGGACAACCCAGAACUUUACUACGAAUACCUCUACCGAGCUAUACAGUGGGGAUGUGAAUACAUUGAUGUUGAGGUUUGGUUACCAGAAGAGAUUAGAAAGAAAUUGUUCGAGCAAAGAGGAAAUAGUAGGAUCAUUUCGGCAUUCCAUGACUUCUCUGGAACAUUCAAGUGGCCAUCGCUUCAGGCUCAGAACAUCUUUCAAGAAAGCCGAAAAUAUGGAGAUAUUGUCAAGAUGAUUACCAUUAUCAAUUCUAUGUCUGAGAAUUAUGAACUUGAGUACUUUCGUUCUCAAAUCAAAGCCAACUAUCCCGAUGGACCUCCAUUAUCUGCCGUCAACAUGGGACAACUUGGACAAUUGUCUCGUGCCCUUAACACAGUCUUUUCACCCAUCACUCAUCCUCUACUCCCUAUCGUCGCUGCGCCUGGUCAAAUGAGUGCUGCAGAGAUUAAUGGUGCUCUAGCAACCAUGGGUCAAUUGCCAAAGAAAAACAUCUACGCUAUUGGCACCUUUCGCACCACUCCUCAAGCAACCUUCUUCGAAAAAUGUUUCAAUGAACUAGGGUUGCCACACAAUUUCGCAUCACUAGACCGAGGUGUCAAAGGAUCCGUCGAAGCUUUCUGUUUACAACCUAAUUUUGGUGGCGCAUAUAUCAACCCACCUCUUCAUUCUUCACAACCAUACAUACCUAUGCUGUCAGAUGCAGCACGUACUAUUGGUGCUGUUGAUACUAUCGUUGUACGAGGUGAAGGUCCAUCAUCAACUUUCAUAGGGGAUAAUGCGACAUGGAAAGGUAUUCGUGCAACUCUUACACGUGAUUUCGCACCUUCGGCAUACAAAGAUCGAGCUGCUAUUAUUUUAUCGAGCAAUGGGGAAGAUGCCGCGUCGGUAAUAUUCGCACUUAGAAGCCUCAACAUUGGAAAGAUUUAUACAAUUGGGUUUAAGGCACAUGGACCUUUAGCGGUGGGUGUCGAAUCUUUCACUUCGAUGGAAAGUGUUACCAAAUCCGACAUUCCAUUUGCGAUAAUCUCAGCUUUACCACCCGAGAAGACUCAUUUGGUACAGCCUCUUCUCAGAUACUUCAAUGGAAGAGAUUCUCGAGGACAAGGAAAAGUAUUCGUCGAUCUUGCUCAUGGGCCAAGAAAAGGGGACCCGUUGGCUGUCGCAGAAGGAUGUGGGUGGACAGCUUAUGGAGUUGCUGAUACGAGUGCUUUUACAACAGUGGAGACCCUAAGAUUAUUGGUUGGACAAAACGUUCCAUACAGUUUUGUUAGGUUAGCAAGUGGAAGAGGGUUAUAUUGAUUUCUCAGGAGCGAGCGAGUUUGCCUGUGGGUAGGCUGUGUGUGAAUCUGGGGGUAAGAGCGACGCGCUUGUGAUGAUUUCGGUGCAUGGUGUGGUGUUCUCUCUAUUUUUAAUGAGGCAGGCGUUAAUGAAAGGUAUACAGUGGGGCGAAACCGCGAAUAUACGAACGAGGAGAUUGUAGAUGAGACUCGAGUGCGGAGGCAGUCUCAUAGAUUAGGCUAUGAAUUUGUGCACUUUCAGGUGUAAAGAGCCGCGAUCGUGCUUAGACUGAGGAUUGAGGAUUGAUGAUUGAGGAUCGAGGAAUUACAGGUUGCAUUGUCUUUUUUUUAUGUCGAAUUUAGUUCUUUCAAUUAGAUGCAACAAUGCGGAAGACACAGUACUAUCAAAUAUACUUGGAUGUUAAGUGCCUCACUUGCGCGUUUUUCAGUUGUACUUCGUGCUUACUUGAAUUCAUUGAUACAAGACA